CGUGGCGUCAAAUACUUCCGGGAGUCUCACAUGGGAGUGGGAGUAGGAGGCCAUGGAGUCUUCUCGGAAGGAUCAGUUAAAUAAGCAGAUAAAAGAACAAAUUGUUCUCAUUGAUGAACUCUCCAAUCUGAAGGAAAAUCGGAAAGUUUAUAAGCAGCAACCGAAUAGCUAUAUAUUUUUUGCAGCAGAUCACACACAGACUCUAAGUGAAAGUAAAUGUUCCCUUGAUGAGAUGAGAAAGGAAUACCAGGAAUUGGAAAAUACUGAGGAAGUGAAGAAGCAAUCAACAUAAGUGCUAUUGAUUGACAUGGAUGGAUAAAUAAAUGGCAUGAAAUGUGUGGAAUUUGCUGUAUGUUAGUUUUGUCCCCCCAAAAUGUUCCUGAUAAUUUGGGAGAGGAGAUGCUUGAAUGCCUUCGACGAAGAGGUCCUAACUGUAGUCAACAGUUAUCCAAAGUGGUGCCUGAUCUGGGCUAUAGUUGUUGCUUUUCUGGUCAUGUGCUGCACAUGAGAGGAAGCCUAAAUCCACAGCCCAUGCAGGAUGCUCAAGGAAAUCUCCUGCUUUGGAAUGGGGAGGUGUUUGGGGGUAUUGAAAUGAAACCUGAAGACAAUGACACUCAGAUUAUUCUUCAGCAUUUAUCUACAUGUAACAGUGAAGAAGACAUUCUAUCUGUCUUUUCAUCUAUUCGAGGACCUUGGGCUUUUAUCUAUUACCAACCGUCCACUCAUUGUUUGUGGUUUGGUCGAGACUAUUUUGGUCGCCGUAGUUUAUUAUGGCAGUUUAAAAAUCCCUACCUUGCUCUUGUAUCGGUGAGUGCUUCUCUCCCAAACUGUCUAAGUGUCCCUUGGUAUGAAGUACCAGCACGUGGACUUUAUAAAAUUGACCUACAAAAACAGCUCCAUCCCAGCUCUCUGGCAAUAACGUGGUACCCAUGGAAACAUAUCUCAACUGAACGUGAAAUGGCUUCUCACUUACAAGCUCAGUUCACGGAAGAACUUCCUAAUUUUGUUUCUGUGCUUUUGAAUGAAUCAAGGAUUUUCCUCAGAGCCCCCAUCAUUGCUAUGAAUUGCAGUAUUCCAGAUCCAUGUACAGAAAACAAUUAUUCUGCAACAAAUUUGACAAAUGUUGACAUGUAUCUUUCAGAUGAACACAAGAAAAAAAUUGUUCAUCAAUUUAUUGAUAUUUUGAAUGAAUCUGUUAGACGACGAGUGCUUUUUUUACCAAGGAACCUAAAUCCAUCUGAUUGUGCAGUGCAUAAAAUGAAUUCUGAUAAAGCUAAAGUAGCAAUUCUUUUUUCUGGAGGUGUUGAUUCUAUGGUCCUCUCUGCCUUGGCUGACCGACAUGUUCCUGCAGAUGAACCUAUUGACUUACUGAACGUAGCCUUUGAGCAGCGAGAAAAGAAAAUGCAAAAAAUCUCAAAGAAAAAGCAGCGACAGAACAAUACUGCUGAUGCAUCAGGAACAGAGACUUCAAAAAAUGACAGUGUUGGUGUUAAGGAGAAGACUGCUUUUAAUGUGCCUGAUCGUAUCACUGGCCAGGCUGGUUUAAAAGAAUUACAAAUUGUAAACCCUUCCAGACAUUGGAAUUUUAUAGAAAUCAAUGUCACAUUAGAAGAGCUGAAAGAAAUGAGACAACACCGGAUUAGCCAUUUGGUAAAACCCCUGGACACUGUUUUGGAUGACAGCAUUGGCUGUGCAGUGUGGUUUGCAGCAAGAGGUAUUGGUAUUAACACCAGCAAUGAAGAAAUCCAGCAAUACGUCAGCACUGCUAAGGUGGUGUUGACUGGGAUUGGUGCUGAUGAACAACUUGCAGGUUAUUCUCGUCACCGCAUCCGCUACAAAACAUCUGGAUUUGAAGGCCUGGUCAAAGAACUGGAGAUGGAACUUGAUCGCAUCUCCUCACGUAAUCUUGGAAGAGAUGACAGAGUCAUUGGUGACCACGGGAAAGAAGCAAGGUUUCCAUUUUUGGAUGAAGGGGUCGUUUCUUUUCUAAACUCCCUUCCUGUGUGGGAUAAAGCAGAUUUGACUCUACCUCAUGGGAUUGGCGAAAAGCUGCUACUACGAAUGGCUGCAAGAGAACUGGGCCUCUCAGCAUCUGCUACUCUGCCAAAGAGAGCAAUGCAAUUUGGAUCUAGAAUCUCAAAGAUGGAAAAUCAUAAGGAAAAGGCCUCUGACAAAUGUAGCAGAUUAUUGCAAAACAUGGGGGAUUAGUUGUCUUUGCUGUUUAACAGUAAAUAUUUAAAGGUUUUGCUCCAUUAACUGAAAACACAGCAAAAAUUGGAGGACUAGUUGUUUUUGUUUGAGACUUCUAUAAUAUAUAAUUAUACAGUUAAGUGAAUAAUUUAACCUGGUAUUGAGAUAUUCUGGUAUACUUGAUUGUUUAAAAAAAAGUUAAGAGUAUUUUUAUCUUUCAUUAUUUUUCCUUUCUCCAGUCAAGCAACCAGAAAAUAUUAGCUACACCCUACCUCAAACUGAUUCAGACAAAAAGUAAUUAAAUGUGCUAAGGAAACUCCUUGAGGCUAAGGGAAGCGGUUUGUCUUCAAUUUCAGCAAUUAAUGCAAUGUGUCUGCCUAUAUAUUUAAUCUGAAUAAAUGCUAAAUCUGGCACUUUGUUUUUAAA